AUGAUAGACGGAACGAAAAAGAGGUAUGCGGCUUUUGUGGGCGGUGCCACUUCGGUGAUCUUGGUGAUGUGCAUCUAUUCAGCUGAUCUCAGCUCACUCUCAAAUUUCAGUGUAAUUCAAUGUCCCCAAGUUCAACAACUCUCCUCAAGCGAGGUCAAAGAAGCGGCCAUUGAUGCUGAGAAACGAGAGAAACUAUACCCGAACACGAAAAUUUUUGCUUUCAUUCACACAUUUCCUGCAAGUCACCAAACAAGAGCGAAAGCUGUCGAAAUGACAUGGGCAACUCGUCUUGAUGACUACGUCUUUCUCAACAAUAGAAGA